GCGAGGCGAGAGACGGAACUACUCCAAGCUUCAAGAAUCAAGAGGCUGCCGGCACCCGCUAAAGGAAGAAUCUGGUCUGGGAAAUCGGGGCGUCUGUCAAAGGAAGAAACUGGCGUUGGCUAAGGUCGCACCGAUCUGAUCUGCCAAAUGAAAGGCUGGCCUUGUCGUCAACAAGAUCCUAUCGUCACCCAUAAGGUCGCACCGAUCUGCCACACCGGCUCAAUCCACUUCGGAACAGCUUAAGAUGUUUUUUAUUUAUAAACUGAUGAAGGAGGGAGGAUGCUGAUUCUUUGCUUGGAAAGGAGGUGAAAUUCAAGCAAAAACUUCAUAAUUGAGCUUGGGGAGGUCAAAAAGAUUAUUUUUAAUUAACAGACAAAAUGGUGUCCGUCUUGACUCUUGAAGUUAAUGAGAUCACAGUUGCACUGCAAUCUGAAAUUGAAGAAAGGAGGAACCAGAGAUCGUUGACUACAAUUGUGAUAGCCGUCACUGAUGGUUCAGAGGACACCGGGUGUGUAUCUGAGGCCUCUCUGGGGCACUUUGAUUCAUGGAGAUAGAAAACAAGAACAACAGGGGUGAUGCUAUGACAACAGGGGUGCAAAGUAUUGUUUUAGAAAGCUCCUUUCAAUGUGUUGGACUGCUUCCUGCAACUGAAACAAGGGAGAUCAGUAGGAUGGACGAACAACUUCCAUGCCGCAGAUAUGGCGUCGAGGGAACCUCAUCCCCAACCAUCACAGAAAAAGGAAAAGCAGAAAUUAGAAGCUGGAGCUUCCUUCUUCUCUUUAUGCAUUGGCUGAUGGAGGCAUUACAGAUUGGUUUGGAGGCUUUGUAUACUCUGCUGGUCAACAGGCUAAUGAGGCUAUUGCAACCUCUCUCUGAGGAUACGCUCUUGGAUGAGGAUGAGGAAUGAAAGAACAAAUCUUAUGUGGUGACUACAUCCUCAAUUAUCAAGGAAUAUGAAGUUGCUGAUGAGAAAAUUGCUGUUUCAAAUAUUUCUGAAUCGGAGAACCAAGUGGUUCCUGAAAUCUGUAUAGGUACGGGAACUUCAGUUUCACAUAUUGGAGACUCGAUUACCUCUGCAGCACUUAUGGAUAGAACUCAAGGUCCUGAGGGUGAAUUGGUUGGGAGUGGUGUAUUAGGUGCUGAUCUGAUAAAUGCAGUCCAUGAAGAAAUUGCUAUACCUUGGCAGUACAAUUUAAUGUCUACUACAGCAACUAAGAAGGCCGGGAAAGAAGGGAUGUUUGUGAAUAAGAAGGGUGUACAAGUGGGUACAGUGGAGAAGGGUGCUGAUAAUGAUGAGCCUUGGGGGUUCUACAACCUUGGGAAUAUGUGGAUUAAAAGGGACUUGAAGCUAGCUAGCAAGUAUUUGAUAGGAGCUGCUAACGGGGAUCAACUACAGGUUGUUUAUCAAUUAGCAAAAUUGUCCAAUAAUUAUGUGGAUUCUGGUGGUGGUGGGGUGAUGUACUGGAAUCCUUUCCAAACUAUUCAACCGUUUUCAGCUAUUGGAACCCCAAAUGGAGAUAAAACAGUUCUUGUCAGAGACCAACAUGUUUCACAAGCAAAAGAAACGCUAUUAGAAAAUUUAUGGGAGUUCAUGUUAACAUUGUAUGGCAGCAAGAGGUUUGUGAAGUUAAAAUUACACAACUAUAGGGGGUUGGCAUAUUGUGUCAUCAUUCUUUUGCAGAUGACAGAGCAGCAGGUCCACACAUGGUUGAAAGAUGCCAAAACUUGGAGUUCCCAUAGUCACAAGUUUCUGCAACUUAUCAAAAACAUGGACACACUGAUUAUGGAGGAUGAUGGAUUGUUUCUGGGAAGUCUGUUUGCAGCAAUAUCAAAACAGUUAACUAUUGCCGAAGGAGAAACACAGCACAAAGAUUCAAAUACACUUGAACCUUCUCUUGAUAUGAGUGCGAAUGAAGUUCUGUAUAAGUCUUUCAGCAAGGAGCAGCCUUCAAGGGAGAGGUUGAAAGCUGUGAGAUAUGCAAUACUGAGAGGACUAAUAGUGAAGCUACUGAAGUUCACAAUUCGGAAUUCAGUGAGGUACUGGGAAGGUAGAGGCGCAAAGAUGAAGAUAAAGAUGAAAGUCCAGGCCGGUUCCUAUCACCCACCUUGAGGACAUGGUGGUUUUUCAAGGGGGGAGAUAUGAUAGGAACCCAUUAGUAUAAUAAUACUAAUAAUAAUAGAAGUAUAUUAAAUAAUUGUGAUAUUGUAGUAAAGGGUCAUGGGCUAGGUAUUAGUUAAUAUUGGGCUGACCCAUAAGUAAGUAUAAAUAGUAGGGAGGGGGAAAUAAGAAGGUAGGCAGAUUUUAGAAUCGGGACUUGGGUUUUGGAGAGUGAGUGCCUCUCGAAGUGCCUCAAUUGUAUUUCUUUUUCUUUCUGCAGUUGAUAUCAGUAAUAAUAAUCAAAUUACUGUUAAGAAAUCUGAGAUCCUAUCAUUAUGGGCCUCAAUUUGUUAGAGGUGGCAAACUGUGAUAAUGCUAUUAUUUUGUCCUUGUAUAGUUUUAUCUUUUGAAAAUGACAUCAUUUGUAUAGACAUAGAGUAUU